GAACAGACAAGACGACGCAUCAUCACCCACACUCAUCUUACAUACACACGGAUUCAUGCCAUCGUUGCGUGUCUUGGCCGUCGACCGGCUCAGCUUGCCCUCGAAGUCAAAAGACACUCGCUAAUACCCCCCCUUCCCCUCUUACGCAACAACCAUGACCACGGCACUGCUCCUGGCCGCCGAGAGCGGAUCGACUCACAACCUGACGGCCGAGUACCUUGCCGAGGACUCGGGCGGCCAGCUCAUCGGCAUAUCCAUCGCCUUCGCCGUCCUGACGACCUUCUUCCUCGGGCUCCGGCUGUUCGCCAAACGGUUUACCGCGAGCGGCUACGGCGUCGAUGACUACUUCCUGGCGGCGGCGUAUCUUGUCGACCUGGGCAUGUGCGCCGUAGGCAUAGUCAUGGUCAAGGUCGGCGGCGUCGGACGACACGUCGAGUUCGUCGAGGAGUUCCACCCGGCGCUUCUGGCGGGCUGGGCUAAGUGCAUCCUCGCCUUCGAGAUCGUCUACUUCGCGUCCGUCGCGCUGCCCAAGAUGGGCAUCGUGUGCCUGUACCUGCGCGUCUUCAACUGGAAGGGCACGAUGCGCACCGUCGCCCACGCGCUCCUCGCCACCCUCGCCGCCACGAGCGUCUCCUUCAUCGUCACGGCCUGCCUCCAGUGCCAGCCCAUCGCCUUCUGGUGGGACCGCACGAUCCCCGGCGGCCGCUGCGUCGACGUCCAGGCCUUCUUUCACGCCCAGAGCAUUCCGGGUUUCGUGCUGGACUUUGUCAUCAUGGCACUGCCGCUCGGGACCAUCUGGGGCCUGAAGCUGCCGAUGCACAAGAGGAUCGCCCUCGUCGGCAUUUUUAUGGUUGGUAGUUUCGGGGUUGUCGCGUCCAUCAUCCGUGCCUACAUCUUCUUCCAGACAUCCGCGUUUACGGACCGCACAUGGGCAUCCGUCGGCCUCGUCGGCUGGAGCAUCAUCGAGACCGGGACCUACAUCAUCGCCGCGUGCCUCCCCCACCUCCGUCCCAUGAUCUCCCACUACACGCCGCCCUGGCUCAAGUCCAUGGUGCGCAAGACCAUCUCGCAGGCCAGCAACUCCGUGUCCAAGGCGACGAACUCGAAAAACGUGCAGAGCCGCCGCCGCGGCGACGAGGACGAGGUGGAACUCACGGCGCGGCCGAGGAAACACAUGACCGACACGGAAAGCGACACGCCGGGAGAUGAGGAGCGCGGCUAUGCUGGUGGGAUGCGGUCGCCGGCAUCGGGCUCGACGAUCGAGGUGCGCAAGUCGGACGACAUGAUCAACGGAGACUGGGCCCGGGAAGGGCGGAUCCAGGUGACGACCGAGGUCAAGCUGGAGCGGGUGCGGACAUCGAGCUUUCUGGACGAUGCGAAGUCGUAAUAUUUCAGGUACC